AUGGGUCAAGUACAAUCUAUUCUAGGAGCAACUAACUUAAGAAAAACUUACAGUCCAAUUCCAACACAUGAUACAUUUGAAAACGAAAGAGAUAUUGUAAAUCCAAGUCCGCCACAACAACACCAACAACAACAACAACGUCGCUUUCAUCAUUUACCUGAAGAUAAUGUCAGUCAACAUUACUUACUUUGCUGGUUGGACGAACAUUCGAACGACCUUUCAUUAGACACUGAAUGUACAAAAGUUAUGCUUAGCAAAUUUUAUCGUGAAUGUUGGAAAUUCUAUACCCAGGCUAACGAAUUUCUUACUGAUAUUCAAGGUAGAACACAUGAAAUUGAUAAAAUCCUAUUGGUAGUUUCCGGUGCAUUGGCUGAAGAGGUAUUGCCCCAAGUUAAGAACAUCGUUCCUGUUGUUAUUAUAUUUUGUUCUAACUACAGUAAAUAUAUCACAUUGAAGUCAAAAACAUAUCGCAAUGUCGUAGACGUGUGUACAGAUCAUGAUACACUAAAAUAUUUUAUUCAACGUGAAUUACCAUCGUUAAAACUUUGUCUAAAUGAUAAUACACCGUUAAAAUCGAUGAGAUGCUUAGUGUCAACAACUUCAUCUGAUUCAAAAAUUAUUUUAAUGAAUAAUAAUCGUACUAGCAGUGAGAUUACCAUUGGAAAUGAAACAUGUUUUUCCUAUAUUAUCAUAAUUGAUUUGUUAAAAAAAAUGCCACAAACAGAUGAAGGAAAAAAUAUAUGGUUAAAUAAAUGUCGCGAAUAUUAUCGUGGAAAUGAGGGUGAGUUAAAGAACAUUGCCAAAUUUAGUGAAGUAUAUCAAGCAUGUGAUGCAAUUCAUUGGUAUACAAAACAGUCGUUUGUUUUUAAGCUUGUUAAUCAGGCACUUCGUACAGAGGAUAUUACUUUAUGGUAUUUAUUUCGGUAUUAUUUAGUUGAUUUAUGCAAACAAUUAGAAAUUGUUCAUCAAGAUCAAAAUUACCCAACUAAUUUAACUUUAUAUCGUGGACAAUCGAUGUCUAGAGAAGAGUUUGAAUCAAUUAGCAUUGAUGGUUUAUUUCUUACAACUGCAUUUUUUUCAACAUCAACGAAUAUUUCUAUAGCAAAAGGCUUUAUCGGUGGCACACAAUAUUAUAGCAAUGAACGUAUUCCAGUUCUAUUUGAGAUUGCUGUCGAAUCAGUCAAUGUUAAAACAGUAGUAUUUGUUGACAUUGAUCAACAUUUGGCUGAUAAAUAUAAUGAAUGUGCAUCUGAAAAUGAAAUUUUAUUUGCUGUUGGUUCGAUAUUUCGAGUUACAGCUGUCGGAGCAGAUAUAGAAGACUCUCGCUUACAGAAAAUAUAUAUGAAAGCCACAGAUGAUGGAGCAGAUAUAGUACAACAUCAGUUGGAUUUAAUUAAAAAAAAAUAUCCAAAUAUUGGGGUUAAUUUACUUUUUGGUCGAUAUCUUCUAGAUAUGAAUCAUUUAUCUAAAGCUAAAUCAUACUUUCAAAUGUUAUUAUAUGAAUUGAAGAGUUUAAAUAAUGAACAACAUUAUUAUGCAGAUUUAGCAUUUAUUAAUAAUUCUCUUGGUGAAUUAUGCAUUCGUACAACAAAUUAUAAAGAAGCUUAUGAAUAUUUCAAAGAAGAUUAUACAAUUCGAUCAAGAAAUAAAUUUUCAACUGAUCUCUUUAUAUCAAAUAUUUCUUUUGGGAAUUAUUAUAAAGCCAUUGGCAAUUCUCUUCAAGCAGAAGAAGAAUAUAUGAAAGCAUUAUCUAUAAUGAAGAAAAAUACUGAAAGAAAUAAAAUAAAUAUAAGAAGACUAAAUAUUUACAUUGCAAGUAUUUAUGCGAUUCGUAGAGAGUUUUAUAAAUCAUUAACAUUAUGUUUCGAAACAGUGAAUUUACUUACGAAAACAUCGUCAACAUAUCCUUCUUAUUUUGAAAUGAUUAUUUGUCAAGGAUUAAUUGGUGAUAUUUAUUUUAUGCAACAAAUUUAUAAAAAAGCUGAACACUAUUAUCUUAAUGCAUUUAAUCUGUGCAACCAAUAUCUCUAUAUUGGCCAUAGACAACUAAUACAUUGUAUCUGUUCAUUAACUGAACUAUAUUAUAAACAGUUCAACGAUAAUGGUCAUUAUGCGUUUAAUUUUUGUAAAAACCAGUUAGAGUUACAUCAAACGCAUCUAUCAAAGAAUCAUCUCAGUAUUGCGUAUCUUUUGAUUAAAUUAGGUCAGAUUUCUCAAGAUAUCAGUUGUUACCAAAGGGCAAUAGAUAUCCUGACGCAUAUUGAUUAUCUUGAAUAUUUAACAAUAGCACAAUGUUAUCAAUAUAUUGCUGAUUACUAUGCAAAGAAUGGAGUCGAUCAAAAUAUCGACAGAGCUGAGGAAAGCUAUUCCAAAGCAAAAGAAAUCUAUAAAAAGAUAUAUCCUGAAGAUCAUGAUCUUAUUCAUAGAAUGCAAGAUCUAAUUGAUUCCAUUAGGAAUUGA